CUACCAGCUCCAGACCCACCGCGGCCCCCGGGUUGGGGGGUGGGGGGCGGCAGGAGGAAGGGGGCAAACGAGGCUGGGCCCAGCACGGGGGGCGGGUCCGAUCGGGGGGGCCCAGAUCGGGAGCCGCGCUGGGGCCCAGGCAGUUGCGGAGCCCAGCGCAGCGGGCGGCGGGACUGCCACAGCCCGGCUGGCCAUGAGCUCGGGAUCCGAGCCCCGGCCACCUUGGACACCCUUCAGCAUCGCAGACAUCCUAGGCCCACGUAUGGUUCCCCGAGGACCCUCUGCGUCGCAGCUUCCAGAGUCGAGCCCAAGUCCCACGUCGCCGCUGUGCGCGCUGGAGGAGCUGACUAGUAAAACUUUCUGCGGACUUGACGGGCACGCUCCACAACCCUCUGAAGGCCGCGCAGCCCCGGGCGCGCUGGGCCCCGGCCCGGCCGGCCGCAGACGGCGGAAGUCACGCACGGCGUUCACCGCGCAGCAGGUGCUGGAGCUGGAGCGGCGCUUCGUCUUCCAGAAGUACCUGGCGCCUUCCGAGCGCGACGGGCUGGCGGCGAGGCUCGGCUUGGCCAACGCGCAGGUGGUCACGUGGUUCCAGAACCGGCGCGCCAAGCUCAAGCGCGACGUGGAGGAGAUGCGCGCCGACGUGGCCUCGCUGCGCGCGCUGUCCCCCGAGAUCCAGUGCCGCCUGGCGCUGCCUGACGGCGCCCCGGGCCUUGGCCCCGGCCCUGCCCGGCCUGACUCUGGGCCCCACCUGGCAGACGAGGAGAUAGAGGUGGACGAUUGAAAUGAAAGCCGCCGUCCGGGCUCCGGGGCGCUGGACUCCGCGCCUC